ACAGCAGAUCUUUGUGAUUCUCUUGGGGAUUCAUUUCUGAAAGCAUCAUUCAGAAAGUGAAAGUAAAAUUCAGAUUGCUGGAGCUCAAACAGUCAAAAUGGCUUCACUAACUAUAUCUGCAGAAGAGCUUUCUUGUCCUGUGUGCUGUGAAAUCUUCAAGGAUCCCGUUGUUUUAUCAUGUAGUCACAGUUUCUGUAAAGAGUGUCUUAAGCAGUUCUGGAGAAUCAAGAAAACCCAGGAGUGUCCCGUCUGCAGGAGAAGAUCCUCAAGAGAUAAUUCUCCUUGUAAUCUUGCGUUAAAAAAUCUGUCUGAGUCAUUCCUGAAGAAGAAAAACGAGAGCCAUUCAUCAGGAUCUGAGGAGAUCUGCAGUUUACACAGUGAGAAACUCAAACUCUUCUGUCUGGAGGACAAACAGCCGGUGUGUUUAGUGUGCAGAGAUUCACAACAACAUGACAAUCAUAAAUUCAGACCCAUCAGUGAAGCGGCUUCGUCAUAUAAGGAGGAGCUCAAAUCAGCUAUUAAGUCCUUACAAGAGAAAGUUAAACACAAUGAAAGAAUUAAACAAGAGUUUGAGGAAACAUUUCAGCACAUCAAGUCUCAAGCUAAGCACACAGGGCAUCAGAUUAAACAGCAGUUUGAGAAGCUUCAUCAGUUUCUCAGAGAUCAAGAAGAAGCUGCAAUCACUGCACUGAGGGAGGAAGAGAAGCAGAAGAAGCAGAUUAUGGAUGAGAAGCUGAAGGAGAUGAACAGACACAUCUCAGCUCUUUCACACACAAUCAAAGACAUGGAGGAGAUGAUGAAAGCCAGUGACAUCUGCUUUGUGAAGGAUUUUCCAGUCUCAAUGGAAAGAGCCCAGAUUGCAUCACAGCCAGAUCCACAAACACCUUCUGGAGCUUUGAUUAAUGUGCCGCAUUACUUGGGCAACCUGCCCUUCAGAGUCUGGAAGAAGAUGCAGGGCAUCAUCCAGAACACUCCUGUGAUUCUGGAUCCAAACACUGCAGAACCACGUCUCGUCGUGUCUGAUGAUCUGACCAGUGUGAGAAACAGUGCAGACAAACAACCUGUUCCUGAUAAUCCGGAGAGAUUUAGACAUUAUUUCUGUGUCCUGGGCUCAGAGGGUUUUAACUCAGGUACACACUGCUGGCAUGUAGAGGUUAAAGAAAGUGAAAGCUGGAUUCUUGGAGUAACAACAGCAUCAAACCGGAGGAAGGGAAGUGUUUUCUUUAACAAUGAUGUCUGGUGUGUGAGGUACAGAUGGUCUUUUGAUUGUGGUUUUGGUGUUGAACAGCAGCUUGAUUAUGUGAGAGUGAAUCUGGACUAUGACAGAGGAACAGUGUCUUUCUCUGAUCCUGUAACUAACACACAACUACACACAUUCACAACCACCUUCACUGACACUGUCUUUCCAUUUUUCUGGUGUCAUUUUUCUUCCUCUCUGAGGAUUUUAGCGAUCAAUAGUCUGUAAUCAUUACUUCUGCAGCUCUGGAUCUUCCUGCUUUCAUCUUUCAUUGUGUUUCAACAUUUAAUAACGAGUACGAGACUACUUUCUGAAUAUCAGCAUGGUUGUGAUUGAUAGUUAGUUUAACUGUGAUCACUGAUGGAUAUUAAAAGGUGUCAUCUGAAGCUGCAUGAAGCUUUGCUUCGCGAUGAGAGGAUUAAGACAUAAUUCACCCUGAAAAGAUGUGAUUUGGUAGAGGAUGUGAGAUUUGGAUUUCCUCAGAAAAAAAGAAUCAAGCGCUUUAUACAGCAGAGAUCAUAAACAUGAGUAAGUCUCUUUUUAUUUAUUUAUAUACUUGUACUAGUUUUCACAUAACAUGUAAACAUUUUACUAGUUAGACUUUUUCCAAAAUAUAACUCCUGACUAAAUGUAUAAUCAAGUGAAACAUUAUGAAUUUUCAAUAACAAUACUGUAUACAAUGCUAUACCAUUAAAAAGCUUGAUGUAAAUAAUAUAAAUGUAACAAAUGUAACACAAUGCUGUUCUUUCAAUUUACCCCCCCCCCCCCAAAAAAAACCUGAAAACACAUUCUCAGCUCUUUUCAACAUUAUUAAUAAUAAUUAUAAUACUAACAAAUGUUGUUGUUUUUUUUGUAGAAAAUCUGAUUGUUAAAAGGAUUUCUGAAGGAUUGUGUGACUAAAGUAAUGGUGCAAAGAAUUCAGUUUGAAAGUCAGCUUUGUUCCUAAUAAACUGUUUAUCUGCACUUGCAAGUGAAUAUUAAAUUAUGUUGUGGGAUAAUUAAAUAUAUUCUAAAUAAACUACAAACAUACAAUUCAGUGUUGUAGUCGAGACCAGCUCAUUCGAGUCCGAGUCCAGAUCGAGUCCAGAGAGGGUCGAGUCCGAGUCAAGACCGAGUUCAGAAAGGGUCGAGUCCGAGUCAAGACCGAGUUCAGAAAGGGUCGAGUCCGAGUCAAGACCGAGUUCAGAAAGGGUCGAGUCCGAGUCAAGACCGAGUUCAGAAAGGGUCGAGUCCGAGUCAAGACUGAGACCAGAGAGAUUGGAUCUUUGACAAGACCUAAAGAAAUCUUCAAGAGUAUGUAAAAUGUUUGGUGGAAACAAUAAAGGGUAAAAGGGCCACAUAGUAUGUGGUGUAAAGGUAAUUUUAUUAGUAUUAUGAAUUGUAACUUGUCAAUAUCAAGUGCUCAUUUUCACAUAACAUCGUUGUACCACUAUACACAUCCAUAUAACCUUUCUAGUACACAUAACAUUACUGUACGACUCUAUAUUGUAAUUCCACAUAACACUUCUAGUACAAGUAACAUUACUGUACCACUAUACCUGUAAAUGUUCAACUGUAACAGCUUUUACAUAACUUUUAACCUUGAAGCUUAACUAAUGACUGCUAAUAUCCUUACAAUGUCUUGGAUUAUGUGCACUUUAGAUGUUGUGAAGAUUACAGAUGGGCAUAAUUACUUUUCAAAAAAAUAAGUGAGGAGACCAUCCUGCUACCCAACCAAGCACGAUGUGGUCUCAUGAU